UCUGAAUUUUAUUUGUAACAAUAAACCACAUAAAGCAAUGAACACUAUAACAAACCAUCUGUGAACUACAUUUGAGAGAAAAAUUAGUCAUCUAAUUACCUACAAAGAGCUUCUAUGGUCUCUGUAAGAAAGAUCACUGGAGCAGCUGUAAGCAGGAUGGAUUGGAAAGGCCAAGUCAAGGACAGGAGACCCUAUCAGGAGGCUGUGGCAGGCAUUCAUCCAGCACCCUGGCUACUGGACUCGAAGCUGAGCCCUGAGAUUUGGAAUCUAAUCAAGAGGCCCUACAAAAUCCUGCCUACUCUUCUCUGCUGGACUACUACCCUGCUGAGGCUGGAGAGGGAAUUCAGCCGGCCCAGCCUUGGCACCCUCAGGAUGGAUCCAACUGCUCCUACUGCUGCUGCCCCUGCCCCGGCCCUCCUGGCAUUCCGUAGCCUGUUAAACCCAUCGCCUCUUCUCUCCUGUGGACAAGAAGUAGAUGGGAGUGAAAGAGGAGCUUGUCUUUGGAGGCCUUGGCUAUACUCCACAAAUGACCCUUCAAGGCAGGCGAGGAAGCUGGUGGAUUUGGCUGCUGGUGAAGCAACAGCUGCCAACGUCACAAAGGCUGACUCCAAGUUCCAUCACCCUGUCAAGCUCUUCUGGCCUAAAUCCCACUCCUUUGACUACCUGUACAGUGAUGGGGAGAUUUUACUGCAGAACUUUCCUGUCCAGGCAACCAUCAAUCUGUAUGAGGACUCAGACAACGAAGAGGAGGAGGAGGAGGAGGAGGAAGAGGACAAAGUAGAGAAGGAAAAAGAGGAGGCAGAGGAAAAGGGGCCAGAAGGGUGUGGGAGAGUACCAGGGUCAGCACCAUGCAGGGCCACAGCUCAUCCCCAUUCUCCACCCCUGACCUGUCCAAACUGAACCGAUCAGAGUCCGACUGGGGUCCGGCACCCCUGGCAAGGCUCCCUGGCCAUCAAUUAGCCAGGAAUCUCCAGGCACAGCUCCCUGGAUUGAAAGUUGGCACCUCAAACCACCCAGGUCACCCUGGCUAUACCCAACUGUCCCGUGAGCCCGGGCCUCUGGCAUCUCAUUGACUGGGCUACUGUUGUUGUGUUGACAGUGGGAGGGUUCUAGGAGAUUUGGGGGAAAGAAGAUUUGAUUCCCAAAGCCCCCAGGAAGCAGACCAGGAUGGGGCAUUCCCAUGAAAAGGGGAGCAGUCACUCCUCAGGGCCCUAUGACUCCCCAGUCUUCCAGGCAGCCACACAGUUCUGUCUCCCCUUGGAAAGCCUAACUUCUGGCUUUGUCUCCAGGGGCACCAACACCAAAUCUUUUCAAAGUUGAGGUGCCUCUCUGAUGAGGCUUGUAAGAAGGGAAGGGGACAUCUAGAGAAUCAGCCUACUCUGGAGAUUCUCCCCCACUCCUUUGCCUGAUAUCCAUUGGGGCCUGUGUGCUGGCAUGAAAUGAAUCAGGAGAAAAAUAAACUGGAUGAUGUUUGCCUUA